AUGUCCACCGACCCUCUUUCCGACCCCAUCCUUUUCCUCAACGAACUCACCCGCCUUGCCACCAACGCUUCGUCCCUCAAUUCCUCCAUCCCCACAACCGCCGACAUCUCCCGCUGGGUGAACCUCUUCAACUACACCCCCUCCGAAGCAAACGCACUAAUCAUCACGCACCGCUCCGACAUAACACGCACGCCCAUCUCAGACGAGCACUGGUCACUUGUGCGCGCUGACCGUGAGAAAGCUGGCUUUGAUCGUGAAGCAUACGAGCAUAGCUUAUUACUGGUCGAUGUGCUGAGGAGUCAGAGUAGUGUUGUCACUGAUGGAGAAUGGAAGAGGUGGACGUUGUUGAGGUUAGGUGGCGUGCUUGGGGAUGAGAAGCAUGUGAGAGAGAUAUGUGGGGUCGAGAGGGAACUGAAGGUUACAAAGGGGGUGAAGUCCGGAAUAGGAUUCAAUGCAGGGGAUGAAGUGGUUGAUUUUGUAUGGGUUGAUGAGGAAGGGAAGAAGAAAGUCGAAGAGUGGGUUAGGGGAUGGGGUGUGCUGGGUAAGGCAAAAGUUGGGGAAGCAAAGCCCCAGCAGUUCUCAGAGUAG